AUGAUCAUGGUGCUCACGGUCCUUGUUAGCCUUGGCAAAAUUCGUUCUUCUACUGUUCCUUCGGAACCAGAUGAUGCGGCUCGAAAUACUCCGUCUGUCAUGGUUCCAGUAUAUGUGUGUUCAUUAUCCGUUGGAGCGAAAUGUCGAGCUAUGUCGAAGUUCAGGUUAUUGACGCCCAUGUAGUGCAUUAACUUCUUUGUUCGAGCACUAUCCAAAACUGGACCCGUAAGGUCCUGCUGAUGGAAAGAAAGGCGACUAUCCUCUUCUCCAGUUGUGCUCUGCGAUCUCGAUGCUGUUGUUGGAUCUGACCGCCGGCUACGGAUGACAAUAUUCUUGGGCAGGUCGCCUUUUUUGGUUGAUGAUGUAGGACUCAUCUCGCAGUAAUCAAACGGUUUUUGUACGUCAGCAUCAAAAUUCGCUCUGGCCAUCCAACUCUUUGUCAUUCGUAAGCUUCUGAAAAAGGCUGCAUUUUUCUGA